UAUUUUGUGAUCAGUAAUGGUCUCUAGUUCACCUUUGGUCACAAAUUCCUUCUUCCUCCACAAGUCUGAGAGAUAGACUAUCCUAUGUUCCUCUAAUUUAUUUAUAAUCUCGUUCUUUAUGCCUGGGUCAUGGACCCAUUUUGUCUUAUCUUGGUAUACGGUGUUAAGUGUGUGUCCAUGCAAAAGGUCAAGAAUUUCAAGAGAAUUAAUGAAACAAAAUGCAAAUAAAGGUGGCCUAGCCACCAGAACUAAAACUAUAUUAUAAAGCAACAGUCAUCAAAACCAUUUGGUACUGGCUAAGAAAUAGAAUAGUAGAACUGUGUAAUAGGUUAGGGAAUCACAGGACAAAACAGUCAAUGACUAUAGCAAUCUAGUAUUUGACAAACCUAAAGGCCCCAGCUUUUAGGAUAAGAACUCAUUAUUUGACAAAAACUGCUGGGAAAAUUGGAAACUAGUAUGGCAAAAACUAGGCAUUGACCGAUACCUAACAUCCUAUACCAAGAUAAGAUCAAAAUGGGUUCAUAAUUUAGACUUAAAGAGUGAUAUUAUAAGCAAAUUAGAAGAGCAAAGUAUAGUUUACCUCUCAGAUCUGUGGAAAAGGGAGGAAUUUGUGGCCAAAGAACUUGAGUACAUUAUUGAAUACAAAAUGGAUAAUUUUGAUUAUAUUAAGUUAAAAAGUUAUUAUACAAACAAAACAAUUACAAACAAGAUUAGAAGGGAAGCAAUAAGCUGGGAAUAAAAUUUACAUUCUGGGGUUCUGAUAAAGGCUUCAUUUCUAAAAUAUAUAGAGAACUCUAUAUAUUCUAAAAUAUAUGGAGAAAUUUAUAAGAAUUCAAGCCAUUUCUCCAGUUGAUACAUGGUCAAAGGAUAUGAACAGGCAAUUUUCAGAUGAAGAAAUUAAAACCAUUUCUAGUUAUAUGAAAAAGUUGUCUAAAUCAGUAUUGAUCAGAUAAACGUGAAUUGAGACAACUCUGACGUACCAGAUUGGCUAAAAUGACAGGAAAAGAUGAUGAUUAUUGGAGGGGAUGUGAGAAAACUGUAACACUGAUACAUUGUAUGUAGAGUUGUGAAGUUUACAGUUGGAAACUGUAUGGAAAUAUGAGUUGUGAAGUGAUUCAACCAUUCUGUUUUCUUUCUUUCUUUCUUCUUUUUUUUUUUUUUUUUUUUUUUUGCUGAGGCAAUUGGAGUUAAGUGACUUGCCCAGGAUCACACAGCCAGGGAGUGUUAAGUGUCUGAUGUCAGAUUUGAACUCAGGUCCUCCUGACUUCAGGGCUGGUACUCUAUCCACUGCGCCAACUAGCUACCUCUAUUCAACCAUUCUGGAGAGCAAUCUGGAACUAUGCCUAAGGACUAUCAAACCCUUUGAUCCAGCAGUGUUUCUACUGGGUUUAUAUCCCAAAGAGAUAUUAUAGAAGGGAAAGGGACCUGUAUGUGCCAAAAUGUUUGUAGUGGCCAGAAGCUGGAAUAUGAAAGGAUGCCCAUCAAUUGGAGAAUGGCUGAGUAAGUUGUGGUAUAUGAAUGUUAUGGAAUAUUGUUGUUCUGUAAGAAAUGACCAGCAGGAUGAUCUCAGAAAGGCCUGGAGAGAUUUACAUGAACUGAUGCUGAGUGAAAUGAGCAGAACUAGGAGAUUAUACACAGCAACAAGACUAUACGAUGAUCAGUUGUGAUGGACAUGACUCUCUUCAACAGUGAGGUGAUUUAGGCCAGUUCCAAUGCUCUUGUGAUGAAAAGAGCCAUCUGCACUCAGAGAGGACUGUGGGAACUGAGUGUGGAAUACAACAGAGCAUUUUCAUUCUUUUUGUUGUUUGCUUGUAUUCUUUCUCAUUUUUCCCUUUUUGACAUGAUUUUUCUUGUGCAGCAUGAUAAAUAUAGAAAUAUAUAUAGAAGAAUCGCACAUGUUUAACAUAUAUUGGAUCACUUGCCGACUGGGGAAGAGGGGAAAGGGAGGGGAAAAAAUUAGAACAUAGGGAUAUGGGAUUGUAGGGAUGAAUGUCAAAAAUUAUCCAUGUAUAUAUUUUGAAAAUAGAAAAGCUAUAAUUAAUUUUAAAAAAAGAUCAUAUUAUGACCAACUGUGAUAGAUUUGCCUCUUUUUAACAAUGAGGUGAUUCAAAGCAAUUCCAAUAGAUUCGUGAUGAAGAGAGCCUUCUGCAUCUAGAGGAAGUACUAUGGGGACUGAAUGUGAAAUCACAACAUAGUAUUUCACUUUUUUUGAUAUUGUUUACUUACUGUUUUUUCCUCUUAUUUUUUUCAUUUUUGAUUUGAUUUUUCUUGAUAAAAGUCAAAAUCUUUUUAGAAGAAUUGCAUAUGAUUAAUUUAUAUUGGAUUAUUUGCUGUCUACUGGAGGGAAGGAAGUGGGGAGAGAGAGAGAAAAAUAUGGAACACAAUGUUUAGCAAAGAUGAAUUUUAGAAACUAUCUUUGUAUGUAUUUUGAAAAAUAAAAAGCUAUUAUUAAAAAAAAUUAAAAGAACAAAAAAUGUAAGCAUGAACAAAAAAUAAUAACUGCUUGCAUUGUAAUGAAGAAAGGAAGUAAAGAAGGAGGGAAGGAAAGAAGGAAAUAAGCAUUUAUUAAAUGCUCACUAGAGCAAUACACUGUAGUAAGUAUUUUGCAAAUAUCCCUUUUGAUCCUCAGAACAACCAUGGCUAGUAGAUUGGAUCAUUAUUCUCACUUUACAAUUGAAAAUACUGAGGCAGAUGGCAAUUAAGUGUUUUGCCUAGGAUCAAACAGCUAAUGAGUAUCUGAGGCCAAAAUGAAAUAAAGUCUUUCUGAGUUCAAGCUCAGAGCUUUCUUUACAAAGGUAUAUAUAUAUAAUUUUAUAUAUGUACAUAUGUUUGUAUAGUUUUAUUUUAGAUAUAAUCAAUCUAGAAAUUUGUUUUGCUUCAUUCUAUGUGUUGAUAACAAGAUUUUACUUUUCUUGCAUUUUCAAGUUGGACAAUAAGGAGUGGGACAGGAUCGGGGAGAGAGCAGAUUUUGGUUACUGAAAAAAAGUUAAUUUUUAAAAAAUUUAACUGCUGCAUUUUAAUGCUUCAUUUAAACCUCCAACUCUUGAGCUGCUGAUUCCUAGCACUUAAUAAUAGUACCUCAAGUUCCAAUGAAGUUUGAUUUCAAUGCUGUGCUGGAGGCACUGUCAGUCUUUGAGGCAGGGGUAAUGAUAGUAGGACUUCUCAGGCUUGAUUACUAAAGGAACUCAAUCUUGAUUCCCUUGUAAGUCAGAUGAGAAGUUCUGUCACAGCAGCACACAGCAUUCUACUUGAAGGGUGAUGUCUCAGGUGCUUGGUGACUACAUUAGGGCCUUGGGUCUGCAUUAGCAAAUAUGAGAAAAGAUUUCAUUGGCUACCAUAGCAAAGGGCCGUCAAGUCUGUCACUGGCAGGAAUAUCAGAAUAUCAUAAUAAUAUCAAUAAUAAUAUUCUCAGAGGAGGAGAUGUAGGUCAGAUGGUAUCCUUUCUGUAGUGAAGGUCAAAUAGUAAUAUAUUUGACAUGAUGACUUCCAUCUACUUCUUUUUUUAAGGAACUCAUUUGAAUUCAGGUCUUUCUGACUUCAAAGCUGGUGCUCUAACCACUGUAAGACCUAGCUGCCCUGUAUCAUCUUCUUUUUUAAAAAAAAUUCAUUCCCUCCCACUUCCUUCUCUCUUUUUCCUCUUCCCUAUUCCCUACCCCAUCCUGCUCCAGCCACUUCCAUUUUCUCAGUUUAACCGUGGCAUUUCUAACUCCUGCAUUUUCUCACAUUAAUUUGUGUCAGCCCUGUAACAUAUGGGAAAAAAGACUGUGCUAGAAUCAUUCACUGAAAGCAGCUUCUAGAAAUAUGAGUUCAGAAUUCUGGGAACAGUCUCUAUUCAGUUUGCAGUCAUUUUAAGAAAUAUCCCUUUGAUCAAUCAACAUAAAAUUUUAAAACACCUACCAAGUACUACUCCACCUCCCUUUCCUAAGUCCCUUCCCCUCCCCUUGUUGGACCCUAUGUCAUUGCCUGCCUUAUCUACUUCUGAUCCUGGCUGUGAGCAGAGAGGGAUGAAAGGGUGGCCUCCCAUAUUUCCCUGUAAUUCCCUGCACAUUUCUUGGUCAGUACUGUCUGGGUUUUUGUCAUGUUGUUUCUAACUUCCUAGCAUACCCUAUUCUCAACUUUCUAUUUAUCCUGUAUAUAGAUAUUUAUUUGUAUAUUGUCUCUCCAUUAGAUUACAAGUUCCUUAAAGUCAGGGGCUGUCUUUCGCCUCUUUUUGUAUCCCCAUUGUUUAACACAGUGCCAGACACAAAGCAGGCACUUAAUAAAAGCUUAUUGAUUGAUUAGGAGACUUUGGCCUAAUAUUCUCUGGAUGCACAUUUCUUUCUUCCAUAAUGCUAUUUCCCUUACCUCCACUUCCUAGCUCCACUCUCCUAUGGCUCCUUCACACUCCAGAUCCUUUCUUUCCCUAAAAUCUCCAAGCUUCUCUCCUCCUCAAAGGAUGCUUCCUUUCUCAUUGAGCUCUCCCUCUGGUUCCUGCAGCCCAUCCCUCGGCUACCUCUCACUGUUAUUUCUCUCCCUGAAGGCUCCCUCCCUGUCUCCUGUGCUUUGGGUUCUAUCUCUAGGCCCUCCCUCAGGUCCCCUGGACUUCCCCAUCUCUCUGCCUGCCUCCCCUUUCCCACCUUUCCUCAUGACCACAGGAUCGGAUGAUCAGAGGCUCAGAUGACGACACCAUGUUAGGUUACCCAUCUGUUAGGUUACAGAUCUUCUUUCCUGCAGGUCUGAGUGGGGUUGAUAGCUGGAGUCCAUGGCUACUGUGUCCUGCCCCCAUCUAGCUCCCCUUAGGAAAAGCACCUGCCCAGUGCUUACCUCCUAACACCUAGAGGCUCACCUUGAAUCAUGGCUCUGAGCCUCUGGCCCUUGCUGUUCCUGCUGCUGCUACUGCUGCUGCUGCUCCUUCCCCAUGCAGUGAUCCUGGCCCCUGUGGAGUCCCAGGACCCCGACUCUGUAAUUUCUCUUCUGGGGUCAUUUUUAGGGGCCCUGGAUAUGGUCCCACCAAGCUUCUUCAGUCGUUCAGAGUUCUCUGCCUUCCUAGAAAACAUUUCUUCUACCCUGGAAGACUUAGAGGCUAGAGAUAUGGGGGGAGAGGAACCCCCAACCCUAAGACCCCCUGCACUCCGGCUUCAUGAUUUCCUGGUGACUCUGAGGGGCAGCCGGGAUUGGGAACCCUUGAUCAAGCUACUAGGGGAUACCCUGGCACUGCUAGGUCAUGAGCAGACGCCUCGGGACUUUCUGGGGCACCAGGCAGGCACCCUAAGUGGGCUGGCAGAGGUGCUGCUCAAUGUUCUGCUUCCCGAGGAGUCCACAGUGCCUCCCCGGCCCCCCUGUACCCGAGACGGACCCCCCGACUGCGAUCUGGCCGCUGACUGGUUACCUUCACUUCUACUGUUGCUGGAGGGCACCCGUUGGCAGGCAUUGCUGCAGAUGAUUCCUGUGGCUGACGCCAACGUGACAGACCCUGGCUGGGGGGAGCCGCCUCCCCGCCUUUUGCAGGGCCUCCUGGGCCUAAUCCCCCCCCCUGAGGAGCCAGGCGCCGAAGGACCCCUCUGGGUGGGCCUCCUUCGUACAGUGGGGGCUCCCCUCUACGCUGCCUUCCAGGGAGGGCUGCUGCGGGUCACUCACUCCCUGAAGGAGGAGGUUUUUGCCACGCUGGGGCAACCGGAACUCGAUGCCCGCGGGCAGUGCAUGGGAGGUAACCUGAGACAGCUGCUCCUGUGGGGCGUGCUGCACAACGUGUCCUGGGAUGCCCAGGCUCUGGGGUUCCUGUCUGGGACGCCGCCCCCACCCCCUGCCCUCCUGCACUGCCUGAGCACCGGGGUGCCCCUGCCCAGGGCCUCCCCGCGCGCAGCCCGAGGCCACCCCCGAGCGCCCCGAGCCUUCUCCAUGGACACAAUCUGCUACAACGACUCGGACUCCGACUUGCCCUUCAGCAUCUCCAAUUUCUCCAUCCACCUGUACUGCCAGGACUCCAAGCCCUCCACGCCCCGGCCCCCCUCCAGCAUGGCGGUGACCUGCGAGACGGCGGCCUGGUACGUGACCUCCCUGGAGGUGAGCGCCCAGUUUUGGUUGCAGGCCUGCCACGAUCAGUAUCCGGAACAGUUCCUGGAUGUCAUCUGCAGUAAUUUCUCCCUGAGCUCCCUGCCCAGGCCCAACCGAGGCCUGGUGAGGCGGCUCUGCGCCAGCCUCCUCCCCCCGCCCACCAAUUGCCCAGAAGGCCUGCCCCCCAUUCCCCUCACGCCAGAGCUCUUCUGGGGUUGUUUCCUGGAGAAUCAGACGCUGUGGGGGGAGCGGAUGUGUGUGGAGGAGGGCCUAGAGGCAGUCCCCCCGCAGAACCAGGCAUGGGUGCAGCACGUGUGCCAGGGCCCGACCCCCGACGCGGGGGCCUUCCCCCCCUGCCGCGUGGGGCCCUGUGGGGAGCGCUGCCCCAACGGGGGCAGUUUCCUGGAGAUGGUCUGUGUCAAUGAUACUCUCUAUGACUCCCUUGUGCCCUUCUGGCCCUGGCUGGAGGGACAGUGCAGAAUUAGCCGUGGGGGUAACGACACCUGCUUCCUGGAGGGGCUGCUGGGCCCCCUGCUGCCCCCAUUGCCUCCUCUGGGGCCCUCCCCCCUCUGCCUGACUCCAGGUCCCUUCCUGCUGGGCAUGCUGUCCCAGCUGCCCCGGUGUCAGGCUGCAGUGCCCGCCCUCUCCUACCCUUCCCGCUUGCACUAUUUUCUCCGUCUCCUGGCCUUCCUCCUGGGCCCGGGGGCUGGGGGGAUAGAGGCCCAGAGACUGCUGGGCCAGGCUCUGCUACUCUCCAGUCUCCCUGACAACUGCUCCUUCUGGGACUCCUUCAACCCUUGGGGCCGGAGCAGCAUGCUGCGCUCAGUGGGUGACUACCUGAAGCAGGAGCAGGGGCUGAGCCCGCCCGGUCCCGGGCCCCCUGACGAUGCCGUCCAGGACCCCGGCAAGAGGGAGCUGCUGGCUUGCUACAGUCCUUUACUGUGGGAACUGCUGCAGAGGGAGAAGAGUGCUUGGGUCUUACAGAUCCUUGUUCAGGAGUACCUGCGCAUGCCCCCAGAGAAUCUCCAGCAGCUGGUGUUGUCAGCGGAGAGUGAGGCAGCCCAGGGGUUCUUGGCCCUCCUCCAUCACUCAUGGGCCCAGUUGAAGGUGCCCCCAUCAGAGGAGCGGGCCCUGGGCCGACUGACCGCUCUCUUGCUCCAGCGAUUCCCCCGACUCACGCCUCAGCUCUUUAUUGAUCUGUCACCACUCAUUCCCUUCCUGGCUGUCAAUGAUCUGCUUCGAUUCCCACCCUCCCUGUUGGCCAAUGAGAGCGUGCUGGCUGCCAUCCGUGAUCGUAGUCCAGCCAUGAAACCGGAGCAAAAGGAAGCCCUGGCCCAGCUGCUGGUGGCACCUGAGCUGUUUGGGGAAGUGCCUGCCUGGUCUCAGGAGCUGCUGUGGGCUGCUUUACCCUUACUGCCCCACCUCCCCUUGGAACACUUCCUGCAACUCAGUCCCCACCAGAUCCAGGCUCUGGAGGACAGUUGGCCAGCAGCAGGGCUAGGACCAGGACAGGCCCGGCAUGUACUACGCAGUUUGGUUAAUCAGAGUGUCCCAGAUGGUGAAGAACAGGUGCGAAGACUAGGGUCCCUUGCAUGCUUCCUAAGUACUGAGGAACUUCAGAGUCUUGUACCCUUGAGUGACCCCAUGGGAUCAGUAGAGCAAGGACUGCUAGAAUGUGUGGCCAAUGGAACCCUUAGCCCUGAAGGACGGGUGGCACAUGAGCUGCUGCGGGUGCUUCGUUCAACUGGGGGGGCAGAUUUGAGUCCCCAGGAGUUGCAGGCUUGGGGUCCCCUCUUCUCUCAGCUCGGACUCAGUUUCCUGGAGGAGCUAUCAGAGCUCCAACUCAGAACCAUUCUCCCUGCCUUGCAAAGAACUGACCUCACACUUGGCCAGGCUACCCUUCUGCUUGAACGCCUCCUCCCACAAGAAGAUCUGACAGUGGAAGAACUCUGUGCUCUCAGUCCUCUGCUGCCUGGGCUUAGCCCACACACCCUCAGAGUCAUUCCCACAGAGGUCCUAGCUGCAGCUUGUCCCUGCUUGUCACCCACACUGCCUAGGCUUUCAUCAGCUCAGAAAGCAGCAUUGUUGCAGGCUUUUCGGAUGAAAGAUGGAGUUCAAGGACCAAUGGGUGCAGAUCCAACUGUGUGUCCUGCUGACCAGCCAGGCUCUCUUAUCUGGCCAGAGUGCUUACUUCCCUUGCUGCCCUUAAAGCUGCUACAAUUGGACACCCCAGUUCUUCUGGCCAAUUUCAGGCCCUAUCGGGAGCUGCCCUGGUCUGAACAGCAGGCCCAGUUUCUCUGGAAGAAGAUGUCAAUGACCACCAACCUGACACUAAGAAACUUGCAGUCUCUGGGCACUCUAGCAGGAGGCAUGACCUGUGAGUGGCUGCAGCAGUUUAGCUGGAGGACAGAUUUCCUUAAAGUAGUGGUCUUGCUCUACCAGCUUCCUGGUGGGGUUCGAGGGAGCUUGAGGGCCUGUAUCUGGGAGGAACUCCAGAGGAGAAUGGAAAUGUCUGAGCUGGAGCUAGGAGGCCUUGGACCAGAUCUGAAUGGUCUAGAGCAGGAGCUACUCUUCCAAUUACCAAUCCAGCUGAUUGACAGACUAUCCAAUGAUUCUAUUCUCUUGGUACUGGAGCUUGUACGAGGUGAUCCUGAACAAUUCCUAGUACUGCCCCCACUCCGACGAGAAGCCCUGGCAGAGAGGGCACUACGCAGCCUGGCUCCACAGGACAUCCCACUAUCAGGGGAGGUGCUGGAAGCUUUGGGCCCCCUGGUUGGAUCCCUGGGGACAGAGAGCGUAGGCCGAAUCCUCCCACAGACUCUGCUGGCCCACCUCAGUCGGCUGCAGAACUUCUGCCUGGGAGAACCAUUUGCCACAGAGUUGGGAUGCUUGCUGUUGCAUGAGUCUGCAUUUGGGCGGCCAGAACUCUGGAGGCGAGAUGAAGUGGAGCAGGCUGGACGUCUGGUGUUGACCUUAUCCUCUCAGGCCAUUCUCCUCCUGCCCAGGGAAGCCUUGGGGCCUGAGACCCUGGAACGACUCCUAGAGAGACAGCAGAGCUGGGAGCAGAGUCGGGCUGGCCAACUGUGUGGGGUUCCAGAGCUAGGACUCAGAAAAGCAGCCCUGGUGACUGGAGUUGUCCAGGCAGAAGAUGAGGAUGAACCAGAUCCUGUGCCCACCUGUGCAGAUAUUCGAGGGACAUUCCCAGCAGCUUGGUCAGCCGCACAGAUUGCAGAAAUGACACUGUCUGACUUUGAAGACUGCAUGGGAUUGUUUGCAAAAGACCCUGGUCUUGGGUCUGAAGAAUUACAAGCAGCAAUGGGCAAGGCUAAAGAGUUGUGGGGUCCCCCUCAAGAACUUCAACCUGAGCAGAUCCUCCAGCUGGGUCGGCUGUUAAUAGGGCUAGGAGAACGUGAAUUCCGGGAAUUGAUUGUGGUUGACUGGGCAGUGCUGGGAGCCUUGGGACAGUUGGAAGGCUGGAGCAAAAAUCAGCUCCAAGUCAUUGUCUCCAGCUUUUUGCGUCAGAGUGGGCGGCAUGUGAGGAAUCUGGAUUUUAUUCACCUAACUGCUCUUGGCCAUGCAAUCUGUGGCCUUCGGCCAGAUGAAAUACAGCACAUCAACAAUCGGGAGUUCAGCAAGGCCGUUCUCUUCCUGGGCUCCCUGCCCCUUCAGUGCUCUGAGGAACAGUUAGAGGCCCUGGCUCACCUGCUUGUGUUGCCUGGAGGCUUUGGACUAGUCAGUAACUGGGGGCCCGAGAUCUUUACUGAGGUUGGCUCAGUAGCAGCCGGGCUCCCAGACUUGGUGCUCUCAGCACUGCUUCGGGGACAGAUCCGGGGCCUCACUCCGCUCGCCAUUGCUAUCAUGCCAGCACCCAAGUUUGCUGUGGUAUUCAACCCUGCGCAGCUCUCCGGCUUCACCAGCGCUCAGGCUCUGGCUAUCACAGCUGAGCAAAUGGCCUGGCUGAGCUCCGAGCAGCAUCAAGCAGUCAUCUGGGCUCAGCAAGAGGGAAAGGAGAGCCUGCAACAGCUGGGGCGUAACACAGCUUGGGACUUCCAGGAACAGACAGCUUCUUUCUGGAUCCCAACACUGGCUAUCUUUGUACUUGACUGCUUACCCUGAAGCUAAGGGUCUGGGUAGCCAAGAAGGGAGACUGAUGGAAGAAGGGCCUGUGGUCACAUAUAGUAAAGUAUAAAUGGAAGUGUACCUGGUUGUUAUUUGUAUUUGUCACUUUUAAUAUAUUACAGCCUAUAAAAGAAAAUGUUUCUA